UGCUGCGGGGAGGGAUUUCAGGGGAGGACAGAGCUGGAUUGUAAACAGAGGAGAAGGAUGCGGUGGAGGUCCUUGAGGCAAGCGGGGCCCUGAGGCCAAAGCAAGGCCUCUUGCGGGGGGAAUGCGGCUCCUUUGGCGUGGGUGGAGCUCCUCCGAGCCAGGAAAAUUCAGUUCUUUAGAUGAUUUCUGCUGAACAGUCAACACAUCCUGUCCAGGUCUAAUGUGAAGAAAUGUAAAGAAACGGACAAGCUAAUUUUCACUGAUACUUUCACAAAUGAAGUCAACCCAAAUUCUUGAAUCAAAUACAAGUAGCCACACUAAUGAUUUUGAUUCUGCCACAUGCUUCGCCAUAAUCUUUUUGAAAGUCGCCUCCUGACCUGUGCCUGCACAUUUAUGUUAAAUCCUGGUAAAAUAUCCCAGUUUAAAUUCUUUGGACUGCAAAUGAAAUGGAAGCUUUAGAAGUUGAUGAUAUCAGUCCUGCCUUGGAAGUGACUGAAGAUUUCUUCAAUACUUUUGAUGCUAAGUUAGACAAUGUGCAGCCUCCAGAGGUUUAUGGGAUUCAGGAAGUCCCAGAACUGGUUGGACAUGAAGUGUUUAACAGCUGUGGGGACUUGAGAAAUGUUGCUUCUUUGGGGCAGAAUAAUCGUGUUUGGGAACACUGCAAAAAUGGACUCUCGGAAACCAAAGUGCAGACUGCAUUUCCUGCCAAAGAACAAUUUAGAGUGCAGAGGGGAACGGUUCCAGACAAUCUCUCCUGGAUGGAACAGAGAGAGGCCUCAACUUUUAAUAUCCUUAAUAUCUGCCGGAGAAGGGUCCGGCCCCGUUCUGUGAAUGAUAUCACAAUGCAAAGUGAGGAAGCUGCCACUUUCAAGCCAGGUCAUAAUCGGUCGCGGUCAGAUAUCACCCGGAUAGACUGGAGCAUCAUUUUAAGCAGUGCCCCUCCACAGCAGGUCUCCAACCACAGCAACCGGUGUCCCAAGGUUUCAUUUACACCAGGUUUCAAAAAGGGAGAGGAUGUUCAAGGGAAUUCUGAACACAAGCCAACAUUCUCAAAUAUCUUAAAGAAAGGCUACUUGGAAAUUAAGCGCAACCAUGACAGCUAUUGGCAGGCUUGUUAUGCCGAACUUUCUCCAUAUGAGCUGUACCUGUUUUGGCUUGACAGCAGUGGCAACCAGACCCUUCCGACUGUCUAUCUACUUUUGCAUUUCCAAAGUAUCACUGUGGAAACCAGUAUCGUUGAUGCAGUUCUGUUCAACAACUUCCAUCUACAGCUCAAGGCAGAAUCGCCAUGGGAGGCCUUGGAUUGGGGUCAGAAGCUUCGAGAAGCAGUGCAUUCUUCAGUACCAUCUUUCCUGAGGCAACAAGGAGACUUGAGGAACUCACACAAGUUAGACAAUGAGGAAAACAGCAUUGCCCCAAACCACCUCUUACAGAAAGAGCCAGCUGAAUUUUUCCAGUCAACAUCUGUGACGGAAAACAUCAAGGACUACCAAAACGUUCUCAAAUCAGGGACUCUUUACAGACUGACCCUUCAAAAUAACUGGAAAGCAUUCCAUUUUGUCCUCAGCCCAUCCCUCCUCAUGGCUUUUCAAAUUGGCGGCCCCGAUGAAGACCCGCUAUGGAGCUACAAUACUGAAGUGUGCCUCUCCGUCCAGACAGAUGUUCUAGAUGACUGUGACUCUUGUUUUCAGGUAAUCUUUCCCCAAGAUGUGCUCCGCCUGCGUGCAGAGACCCGGCAAAGAGCUCAGGAAUGGAUGGAGGCCUUGAAGGCUGCCACCAGUGCAGCCAGCUUGGGUCAAAACGUUCAGGUAACACUGAGGAACAAAGUCCAAAGCUUAUCUUGUGGGAAGGACCAUCAGAAGAUCAAGCGCCAGUCUGUCACCACGAGCUUUCUCAGCAUCUUAACCACCUUGUCUCUGGAAAGAGGUCUGACUGCCCAGAGUUUCAAGUGUGCAGGUUGUCAACGUGCCAUAGGCCUGUCCAAUGGCAAGGCAAAAGUCUGCAGCUACAGCGGAUGGUACUAUUGCAGUUUCUGUCAUGUGGACGACAAUUUUCUUAUUCCUGCCCGGCUGGUUCAUAACUGGGACACUUCAAAAUACAAGGUAUCAAAGCAAGCCAAAGAGUUCCUGGAAUACGUUUAUGAAGAGCCCUUGAUUGACAUCCAGCAGGAAAACCCCAUGUUGUAUAGGCACGUUGAGCCACUGGCAACUGUGGUCCGUCUGAGACAGCAGCUGAAAUCCCUCCGAGCCUAUUUAUUCAGCUGCAGAGCCACAGUGGCUGAAGACCUGCGAAGAAGAAUUUUUCCCAGAGAGUAUCUUCUUCAGCAGAUUCACCUCUAUUCCUUGGCAGACCUGCAGCAGGUUAUUGAAGGAAAGCUGGCCCCUUUCCUGGGGAAGGUCAUCAAAUUUGCCACUUCUCAUGUAUAUAGCUGCAGCCUUUGCAGUCAAAAGGGAUUCAUCUGCGAGAUCUGUAAUAACGGCGAGAUCCUGUACCCAUUUGAGGACAUUUCUACAAGCAGGUGCGAGAGCUGUGGGGCCGUCUUCCACUCCGAAUGCAAGGUGAAGGCCGUCCCGUGCCCCAGAUGUGUGCGCCGGGAGCUCCAAAUGAAGCAGAAGUCUUUCUGGAGGAGGCUGAACAUGGACGAGAGCCUGGAAGAGGCUUGCAACAUGUUUGAACUGUCCUAUCAGAACACAUGACUCGAAGGCAGAAGGCUAGCAAACCGGCACUGAUCCCUUUCCUAGCUGUGGGAUGCAUGCUUGCAAAGCCACGUAAGGGGCUGCCAGGGCUGAAUUGUUGACUGAAAGAAAUGGUCUGAUGUUUGCUCUUGGGGCUUUUGAGUAGCUGGGGCCAAAGGUAUAUUUGGUAUGUACGAACAUUGAAGGCUAAAAGGCCUCUGUGAAGUUGAUAAGUGAGCCAACUGGUCUUAAGCCAAAUUUAGUUUACUUGAAACAUUUCCUACCCUUUUCGCAUUUAUUGAUAGCAGCAUCUUAUUUGUGUGUAAUUAUUUAUUCUUAAGGAUUCCAAAUGUAAACAGAUUUAGAAAUAGAAAAGGUGAUGCUGCUGCUGCUGCUUAAAAACCACAGACAUAAUCUGGAGAAGGUACUGAUGAAUUGGCAUUUGCAGGCCAUUUCCAGCUUAGAAAGAGGUUCCUUCUGACAAAAGCCAACUCACAUAUAGAUCCACAUUUAGACAAGCAUACAAAUGUAUAGCAAUCCUUGCACUCCAUGUAGGCAAAUGCUGUUGCUAGUCUUGUAUUACACUUCCGAACAACUGGAGAACACUUGUAGCAUUACGCUUGCUCCGCAUUUCCAUUUCCUAAUAAGUCAGUAAUUCACACUGCUGUUAUGUCUCACAUGUAGCAUGAUGAAACACCAAAAUGGAACUCUUUUGAUGCUAAAUAAUGCGCACAGCUUUUUUCUUCCUUCA